AUGGAUGGGCAUGCGUCAAGGGAUGGCGAUGCUAGGGAGCGUGCUGGUGUGUUGCACGAAAAGGAGGAGGAGAAAAAAGCGGUUGGUGGUGGGAGGGAGGAGGCAGAAGCGUGUCCAAUGGAGGAAGGGGAGAAUGGAGGGAACAAGGGCGAGAAAGAAGUGGGAGGAGAUGCAAAAGGGAAUGCAGGGGAGGCGGAAGCGUGUUCGAUGGAGGAAGAGGAAAAUGGAGGGAAUGAGGGCGAGAAAGAAGUGGGAGGAGGUGAGAGAGAGGCAAAAGGGAAUGCAGAGGGGGAGAAGGAGGAGGAAACUGGAGAGGAGUGUGCGGAGAAGCAUGUGGGUGGGGGGAAGGAGUGGUGGCAGGAGGUGCUUGAGGUGUUUAAGGAGGAAGAGCGUGCGGUGGAGAGGGGUGUGGUGGAGGGGUGCUGGAAGGUAGGGCGUGGAGAGGGUGAGAUGAGAUGUGAUGAUGAAAAGGGAGAGUGUGCGCGAGAGAAUGGUGUGUGCAUGGAAGGGAGUGGUUGGAGUGAUGAGGAUUUGGAAGAGAGUGAGAGAGAGGGGGAAGGGAGGGCAGAUCACAGUAUAUUGAGAGGUGCGACGAGGAGGGAAGGGGGAGUGAGUGGAGAUGAGACAGGUGUAAACAAGGUGAGUGGAGACGUGGCGAGUUUUGACGAGUGGGGGGAAGGUGAUGAUGGGGGCACUGAGGCAUGCAGGGAGGGUAGUGGAUGGGAUGAUGAGGACGAGUGCAUGCGAGAGGAGGGGGAGGAGGAGAGGGACGAGGAGGGGGAGGAGGAGAGUGAGGAGGAGGGGAAGGAGGAGUGGAAGGAUGAGUGGGAGGAGGAGGGGGAGAAGGACAGUGAGGAGGAGAGUGAGGAGGAGAGUGAGGAGGAGAGGGACGAGGAGAGGAACGAGGGGAGGAAUGAGGGGAGGAGCGAGGAGAGGAAAGAUGAGAGGAAAGAGGGGAAGGACGAGGAGAGGAAAGAGGAGCGGAAAGAGGAGAGGAAGGAGGAGAGGAAAGAGGAGAGGAACGCGGAGAGGCACGGCAGCGGCAGGGAGGGCAGCGGGUGGAGGCAGCACAGGGUGUGUGGGGCGUGUGGAUGCGACACUGAGAGGCACGGCGUGCUCGUGGAUCGGCUGCUCUGCUCCCUCGACAACGGCACCCGCACCUUCCGAGCAGCUGCCAGUGGCUCCGAGGCAGCGCUUCUCCUCUUCGCCACCCGCCUGCCGCCCCUCCCGUGUACCUGCCACCCAUGCCGGACGGCGCGGCUUGGCGCAUCUGCGAAUUCGGCAUGGCAGCCGGCAGCGGGAUGGGCACGAAAUGCAAGGGGAAGGGGCGUGAGGGAGGCAGAGAGGAGGGAGGCGGAUGGGAGGGCGAUGGUGGGGUGGGGAGACGUGCAGCUUUUGAGUCGACUGGAAGGUCAGCAGGGUGCCAAGGCUGGGGAGAUGUGUAAGGUGGAGUGGAAGGAGGUGCAACGGCGGGUGCGGAGACUGGUAUGUGAGCGGGGGAUGCUUGAGGUCGGGGUGGGUAGCUUGAGAUGGGGCGAGGAGGGGAGGAGGACGGGGGGUUGGAAGGAGGGGAGUGGUGCGAGGAAGAGGGGCGCUUCUGAUGUGGAGAUUGGGUGGGGUCAGGAUGAAAGGCAGGAGAAGUGGGAGGAGAAAACGGAGGAGGAGAAGGAGAUGGAGGCAGCAGAGAGGGAAUUUGCUGGGGCAGGUGCUUCGCUGAAUGUGCAGGUGGCAUGUGGAGAGAUGGAUGUGAGUGGGGCAGUGCGAUCAGCUGCACAGACGACUGUACAACAUGGGGCAAAUGUGCGGACCAACAGGGCGGGGGGGCCACACCCAUGCAUACUGCCAGACGCUUUGCUGGGUGCUGCUGCAACAGUGGAGGGGCGAGUGGUGGAUGGGAGGGAGGAGGCGGGUAGGGCAGAGGAGGGGAAGGAGGAUGAGGUGCAGAUAGGGGAGCGGCCUCUGCUGGCGCUGCUGAUGGCCAUGGCUGUCCGGCAACCACCCCAGAUGGUUCACAUUCAGCCAGCCACUGACCCCUCGCUCUGUGCACCACAGAACGGGCUACAGUGGACAGUUGUGCAAGUCUCUAGAGUUGACCCCUUGGUAGAAGCCCACCGGUCCCUCAGCUUGUUGCAGCAAAGACUCGGUAGAGAUUGA